AGCUCACACUUGACGGCCAUUUUUCUAAAGAAUUCAUCGUGCGUACCACGAGGUGCGAUUGGUACUAUAACAUUUCUGAAGUGUCCUAAAUAUCGUUUAAUUUAGGUGGACUGGUAGUUCAAAUGUGAAACGAUUGAAACCAUGCCUUCUUCGAAUCCUCUUCCUCCCAAGGAGAAUGCGCUCUUUAAGAGAAUACUGAAAUGCUAUGAACAGAAGCAGUACAAGAAUGGACUCAAGUUUUCCAAGCAAAUUUUGUCCAAUGCAAAGUUUGCCGAACAUGGAGAAACCCUGUCAAUGAAAGGCCUCAUUCUGAAUUGCUUAGGCAAGAAAGAAGAAGCUCUGGAGCUGGUGAAGAGAGGCCUUCGGAAUGAUCUCAGGAGUCAUGUCUGUUGGCAUGUAUUUGGUUUAAUACAGCGAGCAGAGAGGAAAUAUGAUGAGGCUAUCAAAGCCUAUAGAAAUGCACUGAAAUGGGACAAGGAGAAUCUCCAGAUCCUACGGGACUUAUCAUUGCUUCAGAUUCAAAUGAGAGAUUUAGAAGGAUACAAGGAUACAAGAUAUCAGUUGCUUCACUUGCGACCAGCUCAAAGGGCAUCGUGGAUUGGAUACGCCAUGGCCUUUCAUCUCUUGAAAGAGUAUGACACCUCACUCAAUGUUCUAGAAGAAUUCAGAAAAACACAACAGGUGAAAUCAUAUGACUAUGAACAUAGUGAGUUUCUUCUCUAUAUGAAUCAAGUUAUGAGAGAAGCUGGUAUGCAUGAAGAAGCACUGAAUCAUCUCAUUCAAUACCAACAACAGAUAUGUGAUCAAGUCUGUCUGCAAGAAACCAAAGCGGAUCUGCUGUUAAAGCUUGGCAAAGCAGACGAAGCAAGGCAGAUCUUUGAGCACCUACUGGAGAGGAAUCCUGAGAAUUGGGCAUACUAUGAAGGCCUUGAGAGAAGUACCAAUGCAACCACCGAGGCUGAGAGAUUAGCCAUCUAUACUACUUACAUGGGCAAAUAUCCAAGGGCAGCAGCACCCAAGAGAUUGCCUCUCAAGUUUGUGACAGGUGACGAGUUUGACAAGAUGCUAGAUGAAUACUUGAGGAAGAUGUUCAGGAAAGGGGUUCCUCCUGCCUUCACCAGUCUACGAGGACUCUACAAGGAGCCCGCUAAGGUCGCUGCAAUAGAAAGGAUGGUCCUUGGCUACAGGGAAUGCCUAGACUCCAUUGGAAGGUUUAGUAAAGAAGACCCUACAGAAGGAGAUUGUGAACCACCGACAGUACUUCUAUGGACGUUAUACUUUCUUGCUCAGCACUAUGAUCACUUAGGCAACUUGGAGAAGGCUUUUGAAUUCAUUAACAGGGCCAUUGAACACACCCCAACUCUCAUAGAACUCUUCAUUGCCAAAGCUAAAAUCUACAAGCAUGCAAGGGAUGCCAAGAAGGCUGUAGAAUGUCUCGAUGAAGCCCAGUCCUUGGACACGGCCGAUCGUUAUGUUAAUUACAAAUGUGCUAAGUAUAUGCUGAGAGCUAACAUGAUCAAGCAAGCAGAGGACAUGUGUAGCAAAUUUACACGAGAGGGUGUACCAGCCAUUGAAAACUUGAAUGAAAUGCAAUGUAUGUGGUUUCAAACGGAAUGCGCCCUCAGCUACCAGAGACAAGGCAUGUACGGCGAGGCUCUCAAGAAAUGCCAUGAAGUCGACAGGCAUUUUACCGAAAUAAUUGAAGACCAGUUUGACUUUCAUUCGUACUGUAUGAGAAAGAUGACGUUACGAGCCUACCUCAGCCUGUUGAGGUUAGAAGACGUUCUGAGAAAUCAUAGGUUCUACUUCAGAUGUGCAAAGAUAGCAAUAGAGGUGUAUCUCAGGUUACAUGACAAGCCACUGGCAGACUCUGAUGCAUCAGACGACAUUGACACGGCAAAUCUCACCCCUAAGGAGCUGAAGAAGCUUCGGAGUAAGCAGAGAAGAGCGCAGAAGAAAGCUCAACAGCUCAAGGAAGAAGAGGAAAGGAACAAAGCUCAUGAGAAACAAGGAAAGAACAAGCAUGAUCCUGACCUUGAUGGGCCAAAGGAAGAAGAACUAGUACCAGAUAAACUGGCACGGAUUGAAGACCCUCUGGAACAAGCCAUCUAUUUCUUGAAGCCAUUACAAACUUUAGCAGCUAACCUCAUAGAAACACACCUUAUGGCUUUUGAGAUCUACUACAGGAAAGACAAACUGCUUCUGAUGCUACAAUCUAUCAAGAGAGCUUGUGCAGUGGACAGCUUGAAUCCCAAGUUACAUGAGUGUAUAGUGAAGUUUUGUAAAAAAGUGAAUGAGAGACUCGAGCAACAACACGAAGCAGUGCGAACCAUUCUACAACAAGAAGUUCAACUUCUACUUGAAGGUCAAGACAUUGUACAAUACAACAAGUCCUUUACAGAUUCUCACCUUUCAUCCCAAACACAUAGAAUAUCAGGUGCUCUAAGUAUGUACUUCCUCGAUCCUACCAAGAAGGAUGAAGCAAUCUCGUUAGCUACUAACCUAGGAGACAACCUCUCAAAUAGAAAUACUCAGAAUUGCAUCCGGGUCCUGGAGCUUCUCCAGUCAGACUUCAAGUGUGAAUCAAUGGCUUCCGAAUACAAGGCAAGAUGCCAUGAGCUGUUCCCUUAUGCAACCGCUUUCCAACCACCAAAGAUGAACCACACUAUGGAGAACAAUGAUGAAAAUAUGGUCGAAGAGGAAAAGAUGGAUUCCAAUGAUGGCUCACCCACUACCAACAACAUUUCCCCAAGGUCAAAUGACAUAGAGCUCUCCUGCAACUCAACAGGGGAUAACUGAUGUUCUAACUUAUCCUCGAUGCCAUGCUUGUCAAUUUAUUCAAAUUAUCUUCUAGGAAGGGAAGACAUUUUCGAGGUGGUGUAUCACUGCUUGAGUGGUAUUUCAAGAGAUGGUGUACUCUGAAGGCAUGUAGAUCAAGCUGCACCAAGUGGUGAGGUUCUUGAUAAUGCCAUGCAAUACUGAGAAUGGUCUUUAUCUAGGUGGCUGUUUCAUGAAGCUGGUAUAUGAAGUGCCAACUGUGAGCCUGAAAGUAUUUAUUCCUGGCAUUAAUCAACAGAGGACGGUUCUAAUCUGAUUAAAUUGUGGCAGAUGAUAUCUUAUAUCCUAACAUUGUAUGUUGAUGGUUUGAUUAUCGUCAACAUUUAGCUAUGAACAAUUGGAGUCCUCAUGCCAUGAUCAGUUGUCAUGUGCAACAUUAUGAUCAGCUUUAUGAAACAGUGACCUAGUUAAUAGUUGAACAGACAUAUGAAUUACAAUUCCCAAUUUCAAUUCAGAGAAAAGCCGCAUACAGUUGAAUCAGUCAAUUAUAGUCAACCCUCUUUGGGACCACAGGAAUCUGUUCUACUUGGAUGAAUAUCGACAGAUGAUUUGCAUAUUCUGGUCUCGAAUAAUUUUUGGGGUAAGGCGAUAAUUCGACUAAUGGAAGGUCUACUUGUGCAGACUCUACUGUACAAUGUGAUAAUUUUAACUUUCAGUUUCUUUGAAAUAUCCAGUCUGUGUUUCCUUCCCUUUUCCUAGCUCUUGUCAGUAAGUCAGUAACUAAUACGCUUAUUCCACUUUCACAAGAGCUAUCCCAGUUUUCAAGAUAGCAGUAUGCAUGAUUCUCGGCACUAGGUAGUUAAAAAAACAUAUUGAGUUCGAUUAGUGGAAACAAUUUCCUUAUAUCACAUUAAAAAAAAGGUCAUCUGAUAUUAUGAUUAUUAUUCAUAAUCUCCACAAAUAUUUAAGUAUGAUUAUCCUUGCUAUCCUGUGGUGUUUCAUAAUGCUGUUCAUAAAGUUAUGCAUGACUGGAAUAGGUGCCAAGUCAGCAACAUAGGGAUGUAUCAUUUAGCACAAGAAAGGGUCACCAGUCGUGCGUAAAAUCAUUCGUACAGCGUAACUUACAGCUUUAUUAAAUUGUGUGUUGAAUCCGUUCAUGGCCGAGUUCUGAAUUGGCCUGGGCAAUUGACCCAUUAAAACUGAUCGAAAAGCCCAGUAUUAGUAAGAAACAUAGUGGACUUAGGUUCUGAAGCUAUAUUAAUGAAAUGUAUUUUGGCUCUAAAAAAUGAUAAUUCGUAAUUUUUUUUCUUAGGGAAAUACCUGCCAAUAUUAGCUUUGCAGAGGGACAAUGAAUUCUACUUUCCAGUAUUGUAGGAAUAAUCUGCCCAUGGCUUGUAGAAUUCAGUUGUGUUAUUUAAGAGUUUGAAAUGUAGAAUAUUUAAUAAAAUAGCAAGUUAAUAUGAGUGUUUAUAACAAUCCGAUCCUUGCAAUGUGCCAGUCUGUUUCCACAAGGACAUUUUCAAUUGUAGUGGAAUGAAAUAUCAUUGGUAUAUUAUUAAAUGAGGUACCUACAUGUAAUUUGAGACUAAUGAACUACCUUUUUGUAGCCAUUUUCAACUCUCCAAUGGACAGCUGAAGCAACUAUGAGUUUGCAAAUCACUCUUUACCUUUCAUUAACUCUCACAUCUAAUCUAAGUUGUCCUUAAUGAAAUACGUGGUAGAAUUGAUGGCACGGUUAAGGCUCAGAUAUAGCAGCAAGUAGUUGGGCAAUUUUGUAGGGUUAUCAACCUUUUGUACGUCCAACCCCCAACUUUCUACAUUCUUACUUCAUGAAUUACUGAAGUCCUGGGACCUGUUGUACAAAAGUUACUAUUAUAGUUACUUGGCCAUCCAGUGGUAACUUCCCUGAAAUCCUUGGUUUUGAUUGGUUGUUUAACAUUGGAUGGCAAAGUUACCAUAAUAGUAACUUUAAAGCAACAGACUCAAGAUCAUUUGAUAGCAUGAACAAAAUCAUAAAUAGAAAAUAGAUGUAGAUAUUAAUGAAAUUGCCCAGUUCAUAUUUUGGGACUAUUUCCACAGCUAUAUUAUACAGAGAUCUUUGAUUAGAACUCUUGAUAAUGAAGGCAUUCCAAAAAUAUGAGAACAUCAAAUUAAACCAAGCAACACAAAAUUACCAUUUCUCUGAGAAAUUGUAUCUACAGAAAGUAUUUAUUUGAUACACCAAAAGUAUCACAUUUAAUUUAAGAAAGCAAAUACUAUACUUCCAUAUACAAUCUGUAUGUGACACUCACCCUUUUUUGUAUGUUUUCUUCAUUGAUCUGUGACAUCUUAUGAAAUAUUUACUCAAGGCUGCAAUCUGCCUGAAAGACAUACAGUUUUAAUAGAACAGUUUUAAUGUUCAAGUUAUUUAUGUUUUUCUUUAAUUUAUUUAUUUCUCAUUUAAUUUCAUUAUCGUAAAUCCUGACAAGUAUAAUUUUGUAAUCCGAGUACAAUUAAGAAUUUUUUAACACAAAAAUAAUAGUUUCCUCGAGAGUUUCAUCAGCAACUUUCAGAUCUGACAACUUUCUUUGAGAUUGAUUGGGUGACAAGCACAGUUCCUAUGGUAACUGUCGGAUAAAAAAUACUGUACAAGUCCUUGAAAUGCUCUUCAGGUCCUGUCUUGGAAAGUCAGUGCUACAAAUUUAACCCUUAGAAUUUCAAUGGUAUUGCUAUGAAUAAUCUACAGUAUAUAGGCUAAUACAAUUGGUAAGCACAUCGAUCUUCAAUCUUAUAGCAUGAUGAAAAGAAGGCCAUGCCCACAUUUGUUUUCUAAUACCACAUUACAUCAAAAUAUCCUAACUGUUUCUUACCUUGUCAAGGAUUUAAAUUGUAUAGGCCGUCUAUGAAAAAUAUAAUCAAUAUUACUGAUUUAAUAUCUUACUAUCUUUGAUUUAUCAACCGUAAUCUAGGCAAGCAAUAAGCAGAAUUUUAAGGGCAAUAUUAUCUCAGAUAUUGAGUAGACCUCCUCGAAGUAAAUUUAGAAACCCUGAAGAGAGGAAGCCGUAGGUAUACAGGAUAUUUUCAGUCACUUUGCUUGACAAUGGAGGUAUCUGCUUCUUAAAUGAAUUGAUAGAGAUUAUAUAAAACAUUUGUUGAAAACUUAUGCACUAAUUUAAUUUUCUCCUGGAUGUAGAUUUACUAUAGAUAAUUGUGUUACCGAAUUACCUGUAGCAGAAAAAGAUUGGUCAAUAGUCAUUUUGAAUUGAUACAAUAUCAGAUUCCAUUGCUCUUUACCCACUCAAUUGCCUGCUUUUGGUAGGAAUUUGGAAAUGACGAAAAAGUGAAUGGCUCUUGAACUUUAUUUUAUUAUCUUUUUUUAUACUGGAAGAAAUUGAUUGAUUUCUUUCUACAUUUCUACUAUUUGCCCCUUUUACAGGGCUGUCUUGUGUGUUGACUAUAAGAUGGAGAAUGAUUUGUUUACAUCUAAAACUAAAAUUCAAUUUUGCAGUUUGAUAACAAGGAAUUCUUAAUGAAAUUGUGUUUCGUUUUUUUCUUCAAUAUUAUAUUGUACAUGAGAGAAUGUAGCUAUGAUGAAAAUACAAUUUCUGAUAAAAAAUA